AUGGAAAAUCGGAGUCGGAGAAACAACUUGGUUUUUUUCGGUGUGUCCGGUACCGAAACUGAGUCGUGGAAUGCAUCGGAAAUGAUUGUAAAGGGUAUUAUUGGCGAACGUUUAGGAAUUAACGAUGACAUUCCGUUUGAUCGCGUACAUCGAAUUGCAAAUGCGCCAGAUGUCCGUGGAUCGAAACCCAUCAUUGCACGAUUUAGUCACUAUAAAGACAGGGAAAUGGUUAUGUCGAAGGCAAAGAAAUUGAAAGGGUCAAAUGUGAUUGUUGGUGAGGACUUCUCCAAGCGGCUACGAGGUAUCCGUGCUAAACUUUUCAGCCAUCGUAGUACGCUGGUUGCAGGAAACUCAAAACUAAAAGCAUUUUUACGUUAUGAUAAACUAGUUAUAACAGAUGAAAAUGGAAAGAAAUCACGAUUCAAAGUUGACGAAGAAACCG